UUCAUUGCUUGUGUUUCGACAGGUACCCUCAUCUUAUAGGGACGGAGCCGCAACCGUGAAUUCUUCGUGCCUGGCACACUUCUCUAUACUGUCAUCAACAGUGUCUCUCUCUACAUAAUGUACUAUGCCAUCAUGUACCCUUUGAGCUUCCGAUGGACACGGAAGAGGGGGCCCCUCGUUAUCCUCUGUAUCUGGAUCGUCGCUGCCCUGCUCUCCAGCGUUCAGUUUGUUCACGGACGAGCUACCGAAUUCACGUGGGCUGGUGGAACUUACUACGACUGCAACGAGAACUGGGAAGAGAGCUCAGGGAAGGUCUACACUGCAGUGAUCUUCACAGUGACCUUCAUGACGCCUAUGCUGAUACUGACGUUCACCUAUACGUGCAUAGCGUGGAAGAUGUGGCGACACACGUCACCGGGCAACGCUGACGUUCAACGUGACCAACAACAACUGAAUGCUAAAAUGAAGGUCGUGAAAAUGCUUGCAACGGUGGUGCUGAUGUUUGCCGUGUGUUGGCUGCCUAUUCACCUGCUCAAUCUGAUCCUGUACUUCGAUCGGGAGGCCAUAUUCCCGAGCACGGAUACCGGGGAGUAUCUGUACUACGCUGCCUUUUUCAGCUGUCAUUGGUUUUCCAUGGCCAACAGCUUCGUCAACCCUAUCAUCUACUGCUUCAUGAGCGACAAUUUCAGCGCAGACCUUAAGCAACUGGUUCGCGGCUGCUGCCCGUCGUUCCAAACGAAGAAUGGCAAGAGGAGGGCCCUAACGAAACAUAACUCUUUCGGUGGAUCUUCAGUACGCUUCAGCACAUCACUCAACAACAUGACUUCUGUGUCUGCUUCGCGCUACUGCAAUGUCUCUGCUACUUCCUCAUGCUCUGUGGUUCCUCUCAACGCUAUUGGCCAUCCUCCGGCGAUAGGGGCUCGCAUUAUGUUCAUCUGCUAGCGCUGUCACACUUUGCAUCACUGCAGAUGCGACUGUAACUGUCCAGACGAAGGAGAACACUGGACUGAGCACGGGACACGGUCAUUGCCGAAGGCGUGUGAAGUCGGUAAAUGCACGUGACGUUCUCCAUCGUGCAGUAUUGUGACUGACUUGUCCUUUUUUAUGGCGCAGGAGCGAUAUAUUGUGUAUUUUUGUGCGGUGGUCUUUCGGGAGCACUGCAUCGUUCUACCGCGCUUGUAAUUUUCUCAGGUGCUGAGCAAGGUUGUUCGCGUCGCUAAAGUGCCACUACGGUAAAAAAAAAAUUUAUUUAUCAAAAGUA